AUGAACUCGCUCAGCUUAGACCUGUCUCCAGAGCCAUGGUUCCCGAAAUUCCUUGUGGCCCAUGCUGAGGACGAGACGAAGCCGUUAUCGAAAGUGUCACCAUUCCUCAUUGCAAAAGAAAUUGAAAAAAUCAUAGGGAAAUCGUACAAAGCAAAGAAGCUCUCAUCUGGAGACAUUCAAAUUGAAGUAGAAAACAGAUCCCAAAGUUCAGCCCUCGUGUCUAUAAAGAAACUCGGUGACAUUCCAGUAUCAAUCACAAAACACCGUAUCCUGAACAUUGUCAAGGGGGUGAUUUCCGAGAGUGAACUCCUUGACUGUUCCGACAUCGAGAUCGAAGAAGGUUUGCGCGAGCAUGGCGUUGUGGCGGCGAGGCGGAUAGUGAUGCGUCGGGAUGGCAAAGAAAUGCAAACCAAGCACAUCGUACUGUCAUUCCAGCUGCACAGACUCCCUCAAACCAUCAAAGCACGUUACCUGAACUGCCACGUGCGACCCUACGUUCCUAACCCGCGGCGUUGCUUCAAGUGUCAACGUUUCGGGCAUGGAUCACAGGUCUGCCGUGGACAGGAAACAUGUCCAAAAUGUUCAGGCAAUGGUCACACACCAGAAUCAUGUGAGAACACGGUGCGUUGCGCAAACUGCAAAGGUGACCACCCAGUAUACGCAAGAUCUUGUCCCCGGUGGAAAGCAGAAAAAGAAAUACUUCGCAUCAAAGCAGAACAGAACAUACCAUAUAAAGCAGCAAAAGCACAAGCAGAGUUUGCUAGUAAAGGCACUUUCUCCGAGGUGGCGCGCAGGGGAGUCGCACCACUGAGGAAAUCUGUAGAGACCCAGACUUCUGUCUGGGUGUCUACCUCAAACUCCCCAGCAGAAAGGUGGAGACACGAGUGUGUCUCUUCCUGCUCCUACGUCUCCUGGGAGCACCCUGGCUCGCCAGGCACGCAGCAAGGAGAUAGCCACAGUUUCCAGUGA